CGUAAACAUGAAUUUGUCUGCAACACAUCCUCUGAUGCUCUUUUUAAUAGGUGUCAUCUUUGUAAAACGAGCAUCGUUAACUUUCGUUACAAAGGUGAAUAGUGGAACUACUGUUUCUUUUCUAUGUUCAAACAUCUUGAAAGAGCCCAGUUACAUAGCCUGGUUCAAGCAGACAAAUGAUUCUCUACCACUUUGUAUUGUUACGCAAUAUGUGACUGAAAAACCAGCGGACUCCAAAUAUUUUAAUGGAUUUAAGGAGAAUCGUGUAGAGAUGUCAGUGAACAAAACAUUUUCUUCUUUGAAGAUUGUAAAUGUGGACAUCUCUGACUCUGGAAUUUUUUACUGUGGAAGUUUUUUACAGAACCACAUGAUGUUUCACAACAAAACACAGUUAGUGGUGGUGAAUGAGACUAAUCAGUCCACAGUGGGUACAGCAAAUGCAGAUUGUGUUUCAACAGGGGCGACUGAAGAAACUUUGCGAUCCUGCAACAUCUAUUAUACACUGACUCUGAUCUUGAGCGGCUUGGUUUUGAUUCCCACCGUUUUAGUGAUUGUAGUCUUAAUCAGGUUGAAGGAAAGAAAUAAGCAGAAAGAAGAUGCCCAGCGCUGUGAAAACAAUGAAGAGAUUAACAAACAGUUGCAGCACCAGGAGCAAGAUGCAGACUUGAACUAUGCAGCUCUAAACUUAGACAAGAAGAAGAGCAGAAGGCCUGUAAGAAGACUGAAGGAGGUGGAGCCAAAUGUAGUUUAUGCUGCCACACGGUGAUCUACAGAUAAUCAGACUCUUUGUGACAAAACAAAAGUGAAACUUUGGUUAUGCUAAACCAGGAACCACUGUUAAUUGCACUUACUGUAGUUAGCUAGUGCUAGAUCCAGUUUUACUGGUCUUCUCUCCAUCCAGAUAAAUUCAGAGGAUUUAUAAAAGAGGAUGUAUUUUUAUUCAUCAAUUCAUGUUUUCAUAGUUACAGUAUAACUUCAUAUUUACAAAAUUAAUUUCAUUAAGUAUUUCAGCAAAUGUAAAUCCUGUGUAAAUGCAUUUAUGACACUUGUAACAUAAUAUAGUCUGUGUAAAUGUAGCUAUUGCUGCUACAUAUAGAUCCUCUUUGCCAUCUUUGUGGUGUUAAGGUGGCAUUAAGUAUUUAUUGCAGAAUAAUCUGAACUGUUUGUCUGUGUGAAAAGACUUCCCUUCUUCAAAUAGCAAUAUGGUGUGAUGCCAUGAAGGUUAGAAAUACUGAUAUCAAAACCCUGGUGUGUAUCAUUAUUGACACGCAUGCUAGAUUCAAAUACAUUUUGUAGUUUAUAACAGCAGGAUCAGGUCUGCUGUUUUAGUCGUGAGACCUGACAAGGUCAGUUAUGUUUAUUACAUACAGUCAAUCAACUGAAUAGAGGUGAAUUUUAAAAACUUAGGAUGUACCUAGUUAAUAUACUGUAGUGUGAUCUCACUAGAUAACCGAAUAAUAGGACCAAGUUUGCAAAAAUGGGGGAGGGGAUAUUCUUAUGAUGUCAUCUUCUGAUUUAAAUUUUGAAUAUACUACCCAAAGGAGUCAUCGGAUGCCUAUUUUCCACAAGUUGAUGUGAUUCUUUAAGGUUUUAAUGAAAAGUAUAUAUCAUGCUUUGGUUAAAAUUUCUCAACGGUAGUGUAAAAAACACCCUUUUUACCAUGCCAAAAUCAGCUUUGUUAACAGUCCCUGUUAGCAUGUCCCUUUCAAUGCUAAUGAGCUCUGCUCACCUUGCCCCCCUCUUCCGUGGGGUAAUGAGUCACACUGUUUACUUUAGCUGCAUUUAUCUGCAUUUAGCCACAGAACUUGCUAACUAGCACAUUAUUAGGAAAGGCAAUUUGCAAAAAUUUCAGAUGUAGAGCCUGGAUUAUACUAGCCGCGUCAGCACGAGAGCAAAGGUGAAAAAAAUGGAAACAAAAAAACUUUUUUAAACAGAAAAGAUGAGCAUGUUGGUAUUCUUGUGGGAAAAUAAACAUGUAAGCACUGUCGCCGACAUAUUACUUUUUCUUUUUGUUUUCAUUGUUAUCUUGCUUAUCUUGUCAUGUAGCUCAUGUUACGUCAUGGAGGCUUUCUUCUAAUUUAUUUAUUUAUUUUUUUAUUUGAUUCCUCAGUGUUUGCUAAGCGUUUUUUAUUAGUCGGUAUAUAGGCUAAUACUGCAUGUGGUGUGUAUGCCAUGCUUCAUCUUAUUUGUUUUUGUUAGUAAAGCUUGUCAUUACAGCCUGUUUUAUUGUUGCUGUGCAUUUAAUAAAGAACAGGCUACCAAUGAAUCCAUAUUUUGUUUUAGUCUUAAAGAAGUGAAAGGUGUAUAAUGUAAGCAAAACACUCUUGUCUUCCCCUGCUCAGGCGUCGA